AUGGAAACUUUAAGCAAAGAUCCCAUUUUAGAAUUCAAUUCCGACACAUUGCUGAGUGUUCGGAAGUUAUACGAUCUGGAUAGACCAGGGAGAAUGGAGGAGGCAAUAAAUAUAUUGGAGGAAUGGGUGAAAAAACAAGAUCACUUCACUAAUAAAGAUUUCAACAGAUAUCAUUUGGAGAGGAUUAUAAUCAACAACAAAGGUUUCUUGGAGCGGGUCAAGAUAAAACUGGACAGCAUUUGUACAGGAAGAACUUUGAUGCCUAAUUUCUUUAUACCUGUCAAUGUUAAAGAGGAUUUUAAAGACAUGGGCGACUUCAUCGACGUCGUAUUACCUAAACUUACGCCAAAUAAUCAUAGAGUUUAUAUUUGCAAAAAUAAAGGAAAGGAAUUUACAUCAACGCAGACUUUAAAUUAUUAUAAGCGAAUCGUAAUUAUAUGGGAUUACGUAAUGACACACGAUUACAACGGUGGUAUAAUUGGAGUCGCUGAUUUUACAGAAGCAAAUUUAGCAAAUUUCAUUACUCAGCUCACUAUAAAUUUUAAUGAGAUACGUCAAGCAGUUACUUUAAUAUUGGAAUGUUUCAGCACAAGAUUAAAAGAGAUUCAUAUAAUAUCAUCUUCAAAAUUAAUUGUAAAUUUUGUGGCAAUAUUAAAGACUUUAAUGAGUGCAAAACUCAUCAGUCGUAUUCGAAUACACUCCUCGAUAGAUUCAUUACGUGAAGUUAUACCAGUAGAAACACUACCAGUCGAAUAUGGAGGGACAGAGACAUCGAUGUACCAAUUACAUAGCAAACUCCUUGAUAUUCUCAGUACAAAGGAAUACAUAGAAUAUUUAAAGAUGACGCAGGAGUUUCGCACUGAUGAGAAUCUGAGAAAAGCUGACAAAUUUAAUGAUAAGUACUUGGGACAACCGGGUACAUUUAGAACACUGAAUGUAGAUUAA